CCCUGCUCUGUCACUCUCGCGAGAUUUCCCUCAGUGUCAUGGCUGCAGUACAGAAGCUUCAGAAGUGUGCGGUGUCUUCGGCGGGGAAACACACCGCCUCGGUUAUCUUCCUGCACGGCUCAGGCGACACGGGACGGGGGCUCAGAGCCUGGGUCCGAGACGUGACGGAGCCGGAUUUGACCUUCAACCACAUCAGAAUCAUUUACCCCACAGCUCCAGCUCGGCCGUACACCCCCAUGCGAGGGGCUCUGUCUACUGUCUGGUUUGACCGUCACAAGAUCUCGAGGGACUGCCCUGAGGACCGAGAGUCCAUAGACGACAUGUGCAACUCUCUGGGGUUAAUCAUUCAGGGCGAGGUCAACGCCGGGAUCCCCAAACACAGAAUUGUCAUCGGGGGGUUCUCGAUGGGCGGAGCCAUGGCGCUCCACCUGGCGUGUCGGUACCACUCUGAUAUAGCGGGAGUUUUUGCACUUUCUAGCUUCCUCAACAAAGACUCUGCUGCUUAUCAGGCAGUGGAGGAGCACCACCAAGCACAACUCCCCCUCCCUGAGUUGUUCCAGUGCCAUGGAACCAAGGAUGACCUGGUGCUCCAUCAAUGGGGGGAGGAUACCUCUGUGCUGCUGAAGGAGGCUGGCAUGGCCACCACCUUCCACUCCUUCCCAGGCCUGCACCACCAGCUGUCCACGCCCGAGAUGGAGCUGCUGAGAGGCUGGAUCCUCAAAAGGAUUCCCCCCAUCACCUCCUCCUGAAUCACCCUACCUCUUUUUUUCUCACAGAAUUUGUUAUUUUGUCAAUAAAGGUUUUUUUUUCUUUAA